AAAUUGUCAAACAUUAAUUCGCGACUAAAACGGCGUGGGGUUCAUUACUUUCGUUUUAAUUAAAUCUAAAAGGAACUAGCUUGUUAUGAUGAAGAAACAUCAAACUAGACAAAAGACGUUCAGCGACCCUGUGAUUGUUUCACGUGUUAAGAAUUACCUAGCUGAAAAUGUAGACAAAACAUUUGUCGAUGUAAGUCAAAUGGCGCGUUCUCUCAAAGAGCGCUAUCGUGAAUACAAUAAUAGGAGUGACAACGCUUUCUGUCAGAUGGUCGAAAGUGCUUACAAAGUAGUGUUACAAAGUUAUGGAUUAGAUGGAGCAUCGACGUCCGAGGGUUCCGAAGAAGAAUCAGACUUAGAGUUAUUAGACGAGAAUAACAGCGCCUUGAACGAUCGUUUGAUGGUAAUGUACGGAAUGGAUAAAAAGCGGCCGGCGGCCUCCCGCCGAGCGACAGACAAGUCCGGUGAGCCUAUAGACAUUAUUAGCAGUGAUGAAGAGGGCAGCGCCGCGCCAAAACUUCCAAAAAUUAAUGAUCAAAUCACUAUAACCCCACAUAUUCCGAUUCGAAAUACGAAUAAUUCAAAUGAUAACCCACCAAAACCUGCGCCCGUACAAAAUGCGACAGAUAAAAAGCGCAAACCAGAGGUAAAAAGUGCACCUGGUAAGAAGAAAUAUGAGGUAGGGCCCAAAAAUGUUAAAGUUAGUUUUGAAGAUGUUGGUGGCAUAUCUGAUAUGAUUACACAAAUUUGCGACUUAAUUCUACAUAUGAAACAUCCAGAAGUGUAUGAAAAAUUAGGAAUAAAAAGUCCCAGAGGUGCCUUAUUACAUGGUCCGCCAGGUACAGGGAAGACUUUGUUAGCACAUGCCAUUGCAGGGAAAUUACAGCUGCCUUUUAUAGCAGUUAGUGGUACUGAACUUGUAGGUGGUGUGUCUGGAGAAUCAGAAGAGAGGAUUAGAGAGCUCUUUGAAAGAGCAGUUAUGGAAGCGCCAUGUAUUUUGUUCAUAGAUGAAAUUGAUGCUGUUUGUGGUAACCGAAUACAUGCUCAAAAAGAUAUGGAAAAGAGAAUGGUCGCUCAGCUUUUAGCGAGUUUAGACAGUUUAAGUGAGGAAUGUGCAACAGUUCUGGUUCUUGCAGCUACAAACAAUCCUGAUGCUUUAGAUCCUGCUUUAAGACGGGCAGGUCGCCUUGAACAAGAAAUUACUUUAGGCAUUCCAUCAUUAAAAGCUAGAAAGGAAAUUCUUUCCAUUUUAUGUAAAAAAUUGUCUCUCAGUGAAGAUAUAGAUAUGAAUGUGUUAGCUCAAAUAACUCCAGGUUUUGUCGGAGCAGAUUUACAGGCCUUAGUAAAUAAAGCAAGUACUUAUGCAGUGAAAAGAAUAUUCAGAGAAAUUCGUAAUAUGGAAAAGGAACAGACAAUUAAAGCUAUUGAAAGUAUUAAGCCAUCAGAAGAUGCGGUUGCCAUAAUUCCAAAUGGAGACAAAGAAAGCGAAGAACCGGUCAAAGAGGCAGAAAAUAAUGCAGAUACUGUUGCAGUUCAAACACAACCUGCAGAAAAUCCUGAGGUACCUGAACCAGAAGUUACCACAGAAAAUGUUAUUGAAGCUACCAAUGAUACUAUCACUCCUGAACCGGUAGAAGUAGAUCCAAUUGUGGAAGUUAUGGAAUUGCUUGAGAACAAUACUGCUUAUUCAUUUGAGAAGGUACAAGGGCUUGCCAUUCGACAAGAAGAUUUUGUGAAAGCACUCAAAACAACAAAGCCUUGUUCAGUCAGGGAGGGUAUUGUUACAGUUCCUGAUGUUACAUGGGAUGACGUUGGCUCUUUAAGUCAAGUCAGGAAAGACUUGCAGUUAGCUGUAUUGGCCCCUGUCAAGUACCCUGAGUUGAUGAAAAAGUUGGGUUUAGCAGCACCAAGUGGUGUAUUGCUCUGUGGACCACCAGGUUGUGGUAAAACCUUACUAGCAAAAGCAGUUGCAAAUGAAGCUGGAGUGAACUUCAUCUCAGUGAAGGGUCCAGAGUUGCUCAACAUGUAUGUCGGCGAGAGUGAAAGAGCAGUCCGUACAUGUUUCCGAAGGGCGCGUAAUUCAGCGCCAUGCGUUAUAUUCUUCGAUGAAUUUGAUGCCUUGUGUCCGCGGCGUAGCUCACAAGAUAACAACGGCGCAGCUAGAGUAGUCAAUCAAUUGUUGACUGAGAUGGAUGGUAUUGAAAGUCGUGAAGGUGUGUUUGUACUGGCAGCGUCAAAUCGACCGGAUAUAAUAGAUCCAGCUGUAUUACGACCGGGUCGAUUAGAUCGCAUUAUGUACGUUGGCAUGCCAGCGAGAGAAGACCGAUACGACAUAUUACAGAAACUAACGAAAGGUGGUACAAGCCCUCAGCUGGGACCUGAUGUGGAUUUACAAGUUAUUGCAGAAUUAACACAAGGAUACACGGGUGCUGAUUUGUCUGGCUUAGUACGAUCCGCCGCUACAAAUGCCUUAACUACACACAUAUCAAAUGGAUCUAUGGAAGGCGAGAUAUUCGUUACAUUUGGCGACUUUAGAGCAGCAUUAGGAAAAUGUAAGCCCUCUGUGUCAUCCAAAGAGCAAGCGCAUUAUGAAAAGUUACGAGUAAAGUAUGCAGGAGGUGUCGAUGAGAAAGAAAUGGAAAUGGAAACUGAACCCAUGAAUGAGGAAUCUAUGGAUACUGUUUAGCAGAGUGAUCUGGUUUCAUACAUGCGCUACGUCCUGUAUUUUUAAUGAUUAGAUUUAUAGUGCCAAUAUGUUCUUUUUUAAGCUAAAAAAACAUUACGGCGUCAAUGAUUUACCUUAAGAUUAAAGUUCAAUAAUAUUUGCCUUAUAUUGUACCAAAAGAAAUAUUGUUUUUAUGCAGAAUAAACAAAUGCAGUGAUUGUGUACACAUGUAGGUUUAAUGGUAAUUUUAAUUUGCAUUAUGAAUAAACUAUUUUAAAUAA